GGACACGAUGACCCACGCUCUCACCCAUGCGUCCACUCCUGGACGGUUCGUGAGAAUGGUCAGUCGAGGCCUCUGGGAGCCUGCAGCGCUGUUUGACCGGAGCGUCACCGGACAAGCCUGCAGGCGCCUUCUCAAAAAUGGGGCAGUGGGGAAGACACCCCUCACCCCAGAAAAGAUUGAUGCCGUCAUUGCUGCGUUUGGCUGCUAUGCAGAAAAGCAGGCCAAAAUCAAGAAAGACAAGGAGGACGGCAAGAAAGACAAGGAGGACGGCAAGAAAGACAAGGAGGACGGCAGCAACAAGCCAGGUCCCAAGAAAGGCAAAGAGCCGUCCGUCAGGGACGUGGUGAAAAAGCUCUUAGGUGACUAUUUGGUCGAUAAGAACAGGGAAGAGGAGAGGGCGAAGAAGAACACAAAGAACGCCCACGAAUCUCCGUUAGCAGUUCCCCCACCCUAAAC